AUGGUGCAUACCAGUCGGCAAAUAGGUCAAUUAACUAGACGGCUCACCCGCCAAGUUGCCAAAUCUCACUCUUUACCAACAAGACUCAUCUCAUCAUGCGCUGAAGCUACAGCCCCAGCACCGCCAACAGCCACCAAUACAAGCCAGAGCUACAAGAUUGUCGAAAGAGUUCAUAACUUCCAAGAAAGACUGAAAUCCAGACCCGACUUUGACCACUCCAACCAGCCCAUCCCGGUAACCAAAUCACCCAAUCCAUCAUGGCAAUUUGGCGACGGAGCCCCAAGCAGCAACAAUGCACAAUCGCACAGAGAAAUCGAUCCCUACGCAGCUGACAGGGCCAUGGUGGAUAAUUACCGCCUGUUGAUAUCGGGCAUUGCCCCUCGACCCAUUGGUUUCCUGAGCACUGUGUCUGGAGAUGGCAAGACCAAGAACCUGUCACCCUUCAGUUACUUCCAAGUCAUUGAUCACGAUCCGCCCAUGUUUGUAGUGGGCUUUUCAUCGCGCCCGGAGCGCGUAAAGGAUACGUAUCGCAACUUGAAGGAAACGGGGGAAUGCGUCAUCAACACCGUCUCCGAAAGCAUGAUUGAAGCGGUGAAUGCGUCGUCGAUAGAUGCCCCGUACGGUGUGUCCGAAUGGGAUAUCACAGGUCUAACUGAGGCACCUACCUCAACUGUGAAGGCGUCUCGUGUUCAAGAGUCCGUUUUGUCAAUUGAAGGGAAGGUCGUGGAUGUCAAGGAGUUUGCGGACCAUGCGACACCCGGGAUGAGCAUUGCCUCGCUGGUGCUGAUCAAGGCAACUAGGUUCUGGGUACAGGACGACGCGGUGAAUGAGCAGGGGAGUCAUAUCCUUUUGGAUAAGCUACGGCCGAUUGCGCAGCUGGGUGGAAUGUCCUACGGGCGAAUUGGCUCAACGUUUGAGUUGCCCAGGCCGCGAUGGGAUGAGCAGCCUGAGAGUGAACGAUUGCGGGUGUUGGGUGGGAAUACGGAAAAGAAGACUUCGUAG